AACGAGCAUCUGUCCAUAACGUUACAAAUAUUUCGUGUUGUGCGGCUGCGAUUAGCGACGUCGCCUUUAACUCGUGUAUUUAAUACGCGUCAAAGUUUCUUUUGUAAGCCGGCCGACACCAAACUGUAGCCACGGAGUACCGACUAGUACUUCGGGAAGACAUGGCUUUCCCACCCCACAGACCGCCACUGGGCAUGCCCGGCAUGCCGGUGCCACCCAUGUUGGCACCACCAUACACCAUGCCGCACAUGGUCCCAGGAGGCAUGAUACCAAUGGCCAUGGGUGUGAUGCCACCGAUGAUGGCACAUGUGGCCGUGACGGUGCCUCCGUCGAUUCCAAUCCUGGCGCAGCCGCCGCAGCAGCCUUCGCCGCAACCGCGCUCGCAAGGCAAGCGUGGCCACGGAACAGGCUCCAACUCGGCAGUUAUCGAGAAGAAACCGCUCGUGCGCAGGAACCAACAACAACAACAGGCGCACGAAAACACGUCAAAAGGGCCUCCCGUCACAGUCUUUGUGGGCAACAUCACGGAGCGAGCGUCCGACAACCUCAUCAGACUCAUUCUUCAGCGGUGUGGUACCGUGGUCAGCUGGAAGAGAGUCCAGGGCGCAAACGGCUGGCUGCAAGGCUUUGGCUUCUGCGAGUACGGAGAUCCCGAGUCGGCCAUGAGGGCCAUUCGCAUCCUGCACGACUGGGAAAUUGGAGACAAGAAACUAGUGGUGAAAGUGGACGCCAAGACCAAGGAGAAGCUAGACGAAUACAAAGCGAGCAAGCGGACCACCACUGGGCAGCAACAACAACAGCAGCCCGGUGGCACGACGGACGGUGCUCCGGCCACGGACGGUUCCAACUCCGAAGCCAAGCCACAGCCAACGGACGAUAUAGACGAGGCCACCUGGCGCCAGGACAGGGACACGCGCGAGGCCAUCCUACACCUGCUGCGCUCGCACUCAAGCGAGCUCAGCCGGGGCACCGACAGAGAACGGGAGAUGGACAGGACUAACAACGCCACAAAAUCCCCACGUAACACUCGACGUAACAGCCCCGAGCCUGAGAGGGAGUACAGGUCCAGCAAAAACCACCGUCUGAUGCAAGAACUGGAUGAGAUGGACAUUGAAGAAGACAAGCGGAACUUAAUCACUAGGGAGAUCGACAAAUUCCGGGACACGUACAAGCCCUCGGACCUCGGUCUGACUGUGAACUCGUGGGGGAGCUUUGUUCAGCGUCUGCGCCGCAAGGUGGCGGCCAGGCCCGCCGGCUCGGCAGCCGCGGGCCCCGUCGAAGGGUUGAGCGUGAAAAUAGCCUCGUACCAGAGUGCCUCGGGCUCACACGUGACCCACUUUCCGGUCAUUUCCUCACUUGCCCUCGGUGACUACUCGGACAGCUCGCACAACUCACAUUCUCAAGCAUCGUCUGACACGGAGAAACAGCAGGAGGAAGACCGCGAUCGGGAGCGGGAGCGGCGCCGAGAGCGCAAGGAGCGGCGGGAUCGGGAGCGCAGUCCCGACCGGUCAUCGCGCACCCGCGACAAGGAGCGCUCGGUGCGCGACUCGGCCAAGGACGACCGUGCCGAGGAGAAGUCCGGCCGGGACCGGGACCGCGAGUCGUCUCGUGAGCCCAAGCCGUCGUCGGACUCUGCGCAGCCGGCUUCGUCGUCGCAGCCGCCACCCUCGCGGUCAGACCGGGCGCCUUCCAAGUCUCGCUCCGAGUCUCCCGAGCGCGACUGGGUGCGGGAGCGAGAACGGGAGAGGGAGCGGGAACUUCGGGAGGUGAUGAGGCCCAGAGAUUCUGAACGUGACUGGGAGCGGGAGAGGGAAGAGGAGGAGGAGGCGUACGAGCGCAAGAAGCUGGAGAGGAAGCUGCGCGAGAAGGAAGCUGCCUACCAGGAGAGGUUACGCAACUGGGAAGCCAGGGAGCGACGGAAAGCCAAAGAGUACGAAAAGGAACGGUUAAAGGAAGAGGAGAGGCAGGCCGAAGAGGCAAAGGAGGCACGCCGACUGAAAGAGUUCCUGGAAGACUAUGAAGACGAGAGAGACGAUGUCAAGUAUUACAAGGGAGCGGCCCUACAGCGGCGCAUGAAGGACCGCGAGAAGGAGAUCGAGCUGGACAACCGCGACCGACAGCGAGAACGUGAAGAGCUCGACGAUCUCCGGCGGAAGCUGACAGAAGAGGGCCACCCGGAUCCAGAGGCGGAAGCCAAGCGCAUCCACCACGAGGAGGAGGCCCGCCUGCUCAAGCCGCAGCCACACCUGCUGCCCGUGGUGCGGCCAGAACCACCCGAGCCCGAACCCGAGCCGACGAGGGGCCGGGACCACCCGUCCUCGCCACCUCCGGCGCGACGGUCUUCGCAGCACAGCCGGGCGGUACCUCAGUCGCCCAGGGCCGAGCCGCGAUCGCCGCCCCCGCGCCGGGAGAGCUCGACCACGCGUCGCACGCGCUCACCCUCGCCGCUGUCUGCGGCACCCCCCACUACGGCCGUAGAAGAGGACGGAAGUGGCCAGAACAGCCUCUCAGGGUUCUCAGACGUGGCAACACCACAGGAGGAGGGACGGAGCAUGGGAUUUGGUGUGCUCAAGUUGGGCGGAAGCCCUGGCCAGACGAGCGGUCGCAAGAGCCCGACGUCGAGCGGCAAGCGCAAGAAGCUGUCGGCAGCCGCGUCGCAGGUGUUUGGCAACGCGGACGAGGAGGAGUCGGCGGAGGCGCGCAAGAAGCGCAAGUUGGUGCCCCUGGAGGAUGAGGAGGCCCGCAAACAGCAGCAGGAGGACCCACAGCAGCAGCAGCAAGUGCAGCACAUGAACACGGAGGAGAAGCGCAAGCACAUCAAGAGCCUCAUCGACCGCAUACCCACAUCCAAGGAGGAGCUCUUCAACUUCAACUUCGACCGAAGCCUCGUGGACAAUGCGUUGAUAGACAAGCGCAUCCGGCCAUGGAUCAACAAGAAGAUCGUCGAGUACAUCGGCGAGGAGGAGCCCACGCUGGUGGACUUCAUCUGCUCCAAGGUGCUGGCUGGCAGUGCGGCACAGAGCAUACUCAACGACGUGUCCAUGGUGCUGGACGAAGAAGCCGAAGUGUUUGUCGUCAAAAUGUGGCGGCUUCUCAUCUACGAAAUCGAAGCCAAGAAAGUGGGAUUAGUGAAGUGAUCAGACUCUGUACACUACUACUCUUUUUCAAAAAAAAAACUCUUUAGGGACCUUUUUUUUUUUUUUCCUCUUUAUACAUAUAUACAUAUAUAUAUAUAUAUAUAUACACGCAAGUGGCUGUUCCGUGGACAUUCUUUUGUGACAAUCUUCUCCGUAGGUUUGUUACGAAAAGAAAGAAGAAACACCAACCACCGCAACCACCAUGUCUUAAACUGUAAAUACUGUCGAUUCUUGUACUUCCUUCAACCGCAUCUUUUUGUAGAGUAUUAGUCUCUCCUCCUCUCUCUCACACUCAUCUCUUCAUUGUACAAUGCACCGCUGCCUGUUACGAGCUCGCGGACGGGACGACUCCUCGCAGAAGACGUUGAAAAGAGCUCGCCGAGGAAAACCUUCGACUGUCGGCUGGCUUCUACCUUUUGCUUUUCCCCCAUUCGCGGAGUUCAAAGCAGAAGAUGUUGAGAAUUUUUUAGCUUUGGAAGCGAAGCUCUACCCUUGUACCUAUACGAUUCUUUUUGUAAAUGGCCUGCAUUCUGACAUCAAGUGCCAUCGGCUAUGUUCUGUAUUUUUUUUUUAGUUGCAAAGUGAAAUGCUCUUUUCUUUUCUUGUUUUACUUGUCUAUGCUGGUUUUUUUUUUUU